AUGACCUCUCAGGCCAACAACCAUAAACACAAGGGCUUCUUUAGCCACAGUUGUUUCAUCCAGCCCCAUACCAAGAUCUACAAGGCCCCGCAUUCGAUAUGCGUCUUUAAGGCUGUGGAGCUUCAGACCGAGGACCCUCCUCUUCUGAGCUGCCCUGCUCUGGCUGGCAUCCCGGGCACACCAGGGCACAACGGCCUCCCUGGCAGAGAUGGCAGAGAUGGGAAAGAUGGACACGACGGAGCUCCUGGUGCCAAGGGGCAUAAAGGAGAGCCUGCUGUAGACCUUCAGACCGAGGACUCUCCACUUCUGAGCUGCCCUGCUCUAGCUGGCAUUCCGGGCACACCAGGGCACAACGGCCUCCCUGGCAGAGAUGGCAGAGAUGGAAGAGAUGGACACGACGGAGCUCCUGGUGCCAAGGGGGAUAAAGGAGAGCCUGGAGCCGGAGCCCAAGGCCCUCCAGGAAAAAUGGGUCCCACUGGGCCUGCUGGGCCAUCGGGGCCAAAGGGAGACAGAGGCAACCCUGGAAUAGCAGGACUAUGGGAGAAUGAUACCAUCAUUACAUCUCUGCAGUCUGAGGUGCUAAGCCUUAAAAGAAGUCUCUCCCAGCUAGAAACAGCAUCGAGGUUCCGCACCUUCAGAAGGGUUGGGCAGAAGUACUAUGUGACUGAUGGCCAGCUAGCUUCCGUUGAUGAGGGCAUCCGACUCUGCUCCAGUUUCGGAGCCACACUCGUCCUGCCAAGAACAGAGGUGGAAAACCAGGCUCUCACAAAGGUGCAUGACGACUACCCUUCCUCUCACCCAUUCAUCGGAGCUACAGACCGGAGGCACGAACGGCAAUUUGUAGACCUAAAUGAUAGGCCUUUGACCUUCAUUAAAUGGGCCAGCGGUCAGCCAAAUAACGGUGGGGGAUCGGAGGAUUGUGUUGUAGUGGUCCGCUCUGGAUUGUGGCAUGAUGUCUCUUGUGAUGACAAUCGCCUAGUUGUAUGUGAAAUUUUACCCUAA